UACAAUGCGUACGCAGCGCUCGGGGACCAAUUGUGUGUAGUGACUGCUGCUAAUUCACCGCACAAAAUGUCAAAUAGACCGAAUUUUAUACCAAUUUCCAAUUUUCAUUUCAGCAUGAAACAUCUGACAUAUUUCACGGUCCUCUUGACAUGUUUCCUUCACUGCAUUUCACCGUCAAAUGCCAUUGCCGAUGUGGUGUUCGCCGUCAACUGUGGCGGCCCCGCGCAUCGGGAUGUGUACGGCGUGGAAUAUGAGAGUGACCCGCUGGAGGUUGGGGUUGCCUCGGACUUCGGAAAAAGUCUUUCUGUGAUCGGGCGUGUGCCGCCACAAGAUGCAAUCCUCUACCAGACGGAGCGAUAUGAUGUGAAUACCUUCGGCUAUACAACCGCAAUCGAAGAAGAUGGAGAUUAUGUGCUUGUGUUGAAAUUUUGCGAGGUUUGGUUUGCAGCAUCCCGGCAAAAGGUUUUUGAUGUUGUCCUCAAUGAUCUACACACCGUUGUCUCGGGGUUAGACAUCUACGAUAUCGCUGGUAGGGGUACGGGUCAUGAUGAACUCAUUCCAUUCACAAUCACCAAAGGCAAGCUAAAGCUGCAAAAGGAAGCGUCUACCUUUGAUGGAGAGCUACUGAUGGAAUUUGUCAAGAUGGCGCCUAGAUGA